AUGAGUAGCCCUAAGCGGAGAAUUGAGACAGAUGUGAGUACCCCUCGAUACCCCUCAUGCCCUUGCGGCGAAACUGAUUUCAGGGGGACUUGUGCUGAUGUUCCGCAUAGGUUGAUGAGUGAUUAUGAGGUGACUCUGGUCAAUGAUAACAGUGAGCAAGAGUUCUACGUGCGUUUCAAGGGACCGGAAGAGACACCCUUCGCCGGUGGCCACUGGAAGAUCCACGUCGAACUACCCGAUCAGUACCCAUACAAGAGCCCGAGUAUCGGGUUUGUGAACCGGAUUUUCCACCCGAACAUCGAUGAGCUGUCGGGUUCCGUUUGUUUGGAUGUCAUAAACCAAACAUGGUCGCCGAUGUACGAUAUGAUCAACAUCUUCGAAGUCUUCCUUCCUCAGCUCCUGCGCUACCCCAACCCUUCAGACCCUCUGAACGGUGAAGCAGCUGCUAUGCUCAUGCGGGAGCCGAAAAGCUACGAGGCAAAGGUCAAGGAAUAUGUAGCCAAGUACGCCAGCAAAGAGGCCGUCGACGAAGCCGGAGAAGACACAGAGUCGGAGGACGAACUGAGCUCGGCAGGCAGUUACGAGUCCGGCGGCGAAGAGCCAGCCGGUACAAUGGACGACGUCUAG